GCCGCCGCCGCCGCCUGGGGCUGGGUUCCGUGGGGCAGCAGUGGCUGCAGCUCCCCGGGCCCCGCGCCGCCCCGGCGGCCGCGGACACUCGAUGCGGGAAUAGUCGCGGGCGGGUGGCGUGGGGGAGGCUCGUCCGGUCACUCGGCGCGGGGGGAGCCCGAGCGCCGGGCGUGGGGGCAGGGAGCAGGCGACGCAGGAGAGCGCCCCGAGUCCCGGCGCGGGAGGAGGAGCGGGAGCCAGCCCGUGAGACCGCGCUCUUGGCCGCACCUGCGUCGGGCAGACGGCCGCCCGACCCUGCCUUGCCUUGCUCUACCCUCGUCCCCGGCCCCGCACCGAGACAUAUGAAAGCCAUCCUUCAGCCGGUCAAGAAUUAACUGCACACUGGGGUGAAUGUUUGUCUACAUUGCUGAGAAUGGCGUCAAGGUCUAGUCUGAUACCAAGACAAGGUUAAAUUGGGACACAGCUGCACAGUGAUCCUGAUGUCUGUUCCCAACAGUCAAGACUCUGAUAAGUUAGUCCGAAGGCUGCCACACCUUUGACUCAGUUAGAUGCACUGCUGGAAUUACUCCUGGAGAUCUUCCAUGCUGGGCAUCAGGGCACGUGUCUGUAACCUCCCCACUUGGAGGGCAGAGACAGGCAGAUGUCUAGAUAGAGGCUGAUUUCACGUGUCUCCACUGCCCAUUCUGUGUGAUACCACCCUGUGACAGAGCUCAGCACAUUCUGAGAGCUUCAGCAGGAGGCCCCAGUUGGUACCAUGGCUUCAGCCGAGCCCCUGACCGCGCUGUCCCGCUGGUACCUAUAUGCUAUCCACGGCUACUUCUGUGAGGUGAUGUUCACAGCGGCCUGGGAGUUCGUGGUGAAUUUUAACUGGAAGUUCCCUGGGGUCACGAGCGUGUGGGCCCUCUUCAUCUAUGGCACCUCCAUCUUGAUCGUGGAGCGCAUGUACCUGCGUCUGCGAGGCCGCUGUCCUCUUCUGGUGCGCUGUGUCAUCUACACUCUCUGGACCUACCUGUGGGAGUUCACCACCGGCUUUAUCCUACGCCAGUUCAACGCCUGUCCCUGGGACUACUCCCAGUUCGACUUUGAUUUCAUGGGCCUCAUUACCCUGGAGUACGCUGUGCCCUGGUUCUGCGGGGCCCUCAUCAUGGAACAGUUUAUCAUCCGCAACACCCUCCGCCUGCGCUUUGACAAGGACGCAGAGCCCGGGGAGCCUGCUAGCCCGCCAGCCCUGGCCAAUGGCCACGUCAAGACCGACUGAGUCAGAAGAUUAAUGUGAGGACCUGAAGUCUCUCGUAGGAACCCAUGAAUAAAGAGAGAGAGAGAGACCAAGCUGGUGGGGUUACCCCUUGGUUCAGCGCAAGCCCUGCCCCCAACCGGGUCUUAGCUCAGUAGGGCAAACAUAACCACACAUGCUGGGCAGUGGGAUGGUGUUGGGGAGUUGGAUGUCUAGACAACAGAAGGACUUUGAGACUUGUCUAUGGCUCUCAACAUAUCCUGGGAACUGGGGGCUGGGUGGGAAACAAUUGGACUUUGAUGGAUGACUUUGGAAGUAGCAGACUUGUCCUAGCUAAGGGCCGUGAACUCUGGGGCCACAGGUGAGAGAGAGGCAAGGCCUGAGAAGGCCUUGACUGCUGUUGGGGCCACCGCCCCACCUGCCCCCUGGCUUCAGCUGGGCUCUGCCUGGUUCCAUUAGGCAAUAUUCAGGUGCUUGCUUGCAACCAAUACCUCCCCUGGGGCCUCUGAGCUGCAUCCUGAGAGAGACCAAAGUAGCCAAUCUUGCUUGGCUGCUUGGUGGCACUGGUGUUGUGCAAAGGCUAGGAAAACUUCCUUUGGCUCCUCUCCCUCUCCCAGGGCCCCACGCUGCUCCCUUGGCCUUCUGGGGGCCCCUGUGGUGCUGGAUUCCCACCAACCUUGGGCUUUUGGAGGUUUCAAUCCCCGUGCGUUCGGUGGCGUUUCCCCUUUCUCUUAUGUUCAAGACAUUUACCAUUAGCAGGCAGCCCUUUCCUCUGUGUCAGUCACCAUACCCUCCCCCCUUCCCUGCUACCAGCUCCCUAUAGAACACAGCAGUGGCCAGAGGCACAGCUCUGAAGUGGACCCCACCUGCCUUCCUGCAGCCUUCCCUCUACCUUCGUCUGAAGACUGGGGGUGCCCUGUCUCCCUGACCCAGGGAUUGGAAUCUGGGGCCCCUUUCCUGCAGAGGUCCUACUGAAAACGCAUAGUAUCCCCCCCUCCCCCACAAUGUACAAAGAGGCCCAGAGGUGUGCAGUGGAUCCACAGUGGGAGGAAAAAAAGGUAGAGUUCUAGGUCCUAGUUGCCGGUAUGGUUUAUUACUUCAGCCAGUUAGCCAGUUUGGCUUCCUGUGAGCUAGAGGAGAUCCAGAGAGAACAAGACAGAUAUGGAAGACCAUGGAAGGCUCUUUUUUUUUUUUGGUUCUUUGAGACAGGGUUUCUCUGUGUAGCCCUGGCUGUCCUGGAACUCACUCUGUAGACCAGGCUGGCCUCGAACUCAGAAAUCCGCCUGCCUCUGCCUCCCAAGUGCUGGGAUUAAAGGCGUGCGCCACCACCGCCCGGCUUGGAAGGCUCUUUAGAGCCAUUUUCCUGGAAAAAGAAAUAUCCGGGCUGCUCUUCCUACAGCUCCCCCUGGCCAACUGAUCCCAUACACUUGUUUCUCAGACAGUAUUAACCCUGUCACACUCAUGGGCCUUGUCAGCUUGGCUAGCGUAACUUUACCUCAUGAUGGGUCCAUUGCUGGCAGUGGACAGGUGAAAUCUAGGCCCCUUCUGAUUUUGUCCCCCACUCUCUCAGAAGACGGGACCAUCAAAGAGCGUAGCAUCCCAUGAGGCCACCCUGGGACUCUCAGAAGUUGAAAUCAGCCCUUACUUCUUACAGAUCAUUUUUUUUUUUUAAAAUGACCGUACCACCUGUGUGUAGUCUCUGGACCAUGCAGACAGCGCCAGGCCAGGGCCAGCAGCAGGGCUGUCCUAGGCUGGGGAAAAGACUUGGAGACACCAGCUUCUGCGGCAUCUUUCCCCAGAGCUUUCUCUGUCUGGGGUAGAAUGCAAAGUGUUUCCCUGGGUAGGCUUCUCAAAUCACCAAACACCAUUCUGUUGUGGGGGGGGGGGGCCACUGGUUAGAGCCCUAAUUCCAAGACUUUCGUGGUUACAGAGAUUCGGGUUUCCAAUGGGAGUGGUUGCUUUCUAUCUACAAGUGGAGAAGAUUGCACUUAGACUUCCUCUAAUUCCAUAUUAUCUUAAUUACCUGAAUCCUAAUGCCUCUCCAGGCCACCUCGUACCUGUCUUCACAACUGACCUAUUGGCUUGCUGAGCUAUCCCAGCUUUAAGACUCCAGUUCUCAACUAGAAAAGGCCAUUGGGUGGCCGCUAGGUCUCAGCACUCCAGAUGUUGUUGUCUUGUAGGCAUCCCCUAGUACCAUUUUCCUCAAAGCUCUAUUAAUCCCACGUCAGGAGGGGUUCCCGGAGCGGAUCUGCAUGCCUGGCAAUACUCAGCAUUGUGGUCUGCUUUCCUAGGGCCCCUGUUGUUCCUAGGGCCCCUCAUAGGCACAGAACCCCACCCAGGGGAGGCUAUACCUUAAGGCCUGACCACAGACCUGCAGGGUCAGAUCUCACUGAGUGUAGUCUAGACUUCAGUUCUUGCUUUUUGGCUGUCUUCAGGGCUCCAACCCCUUAGUGCUUAGGGGCUCGAAGGUUGGGGGAAUUAAGCCCUUCGGAGCCGUGGGGAGUCUGCUGGCUGUUUAUGGAGCCGCUCUCUUACAUUCUGAGCCCAAGGCAGGAGUUUCAGAUAGUAAGUGUGCUGCCCUGCAUGGUUGAGUUGCUCUGAUGUCUCCUAGGCUUCCAGUACCCUUUCCCCUCCUUGUGCUGGAGGGUCACAAUGGCCUGUGCUUAUUCACAGCAAUAAUAUAUAGGGAGCGCCUGUGAGUCCUCUUUGUCCUGGUCCAUCACUCUUCAUGGAUCUCCCAGGAGACUGCUGAGUGGGGUCAGCUCAUGUGGAAAUCAUUCAUGAAGCUCUGGGCUGUGCAGAGUGUUGUCGCAGGAGGCAGGUGAGAGGCCUAGCCCUGAACUAUGAGGAAGGCCGUGGGAGUGCCUUUCACCUUGAAGCCACCCUUACCUGGAGGAGCUGUAGGCCCCAGCUUCAGUAACAGGACCUAUGAAGUGGUUAGGACUGUCUUCCAACUGGACAGCUCUUGAGAAAGGCACAUGACUAGUUUGUGAGCCCGUUGCCUGCUAUGUCUCCGUUAGUCUGUCUGUCCCUUUUCAUAACUGUGCACAUAAAAUAUACUGGUGUUUGUGUUCCUGGA